AAGCUCAACAACAGUUCAGCCAGUCUUGAGCUGACGCGAUGGAGGGUGUCUCGGAGGCUGUGUCAAUCUGAACAGGGUGGUGGAACAACCCUAAUCAGCCGUUGUCUUCUGUUGCCAUCAACGCUUGAUUCUUUUCUUCCGGCAGACAACAAAGCAAAACGGCCAAACGGCCGUUUAUUGAGCUGUUUCUAUGCGCUAAAACGUGCAGUCAACAUGGCAAAGUGGCGGGCUAGCAACACUGGCCAGAUGAGGUGUCGUCUGGGCAAGUGUAUUUGUGUGACAUGUUUUGUCGUCUCGUGGCCACUUGUCAAGAACAUCGUGUCGGUGGAAAGUCGUCAGAGAGGCUCCAGUGGCUCGUUGGACCAAAAAGCAAAAGUGUUUCUGGCCGAUUGA